AUGUCAACACAUAAGACUGAAGGAUAUGUCAAUAUCAGAGGUGGAGAGCUAAAAGGACCAAGGAAGUUAUACAUGAAAAUCCACUUGACAGAAAUCGCGUUUUAUAAAGAACAAUUCUCCACUAUGACCCCAACAAAAAGACCCAUUUUCACGAUUAAAAUAGCGAACACAUUUUUGCGAAAAAAAGUGUCCACUAUGCUCUUUGGAAUUGAGAAUGAAUCAACCACUUUCGAGUUAUUGGAAAACGACAAAUAUUACCAAAUAUGUUGCGACACAAAUGAUGAAUUUAACGAUUGGAUUUCAUCACUUUCACCUUUGAUACACUCGAUCGGAUAUUUUGGGUAUCCCCUCUCUGUUGCGGUUGAAAAAUCUGGGUGGAAGAUCCCACUACCUCUUUACCGGUUUAUACCUUUUUUAGAAGACAUGGGAUACUAUCAGACUCCUCAAGUCUUUGACACGAAAAUAACAAAACCAGAAAAGGAGAAGUAUCUUGCUCUUUUAGAACUUGAGAACGAUAUUAAUACAACAUCACUUCCUCCAAGAAUCGCAUUUCAUUUGACGUCUUUAUUUAUAGAAAGUAUUCCAGAACCUCUCAUUCAAAGAGACUAUUUUGACUUCAAAAGGGAAUUUAAAUGCGACAGCCAACUUACCCAAGUUGAUUGCAUCAAAAGAGCAUUGUCUGGUUUGAGCAAUGAAAACAAAGACACUGCGACUUAUAUCCUAAGACAUAUAUUCAAUUUGUAUUCAUACUCCGAAUGCAACAAUUGUAGUGUUAAAAUAUUAUCAUUGCUUUAUGGCAAGUGCUUUCUGAACAACUCAAAAGACUCUGAAUGUGAGAGCAUCUUGUUUGACUUUUUCAAACUAAUGUUGAGUGAGUUUGAAUUCAUCUGUGAGGAUAUGAUUGACCAUUUUCAGACAAUGGGAACACCUCCUCCUUAUCCCGCAAAACCAUCCAAACAGAUAAAUGUGUACCAAAUACAAGUACAGGGCGCAAUUGAAAAAUACUUUUUGCAGUUCAGCGAAGAAAUUGGGUUUGUUCGAAGUUCGUUUAAAAAGCGUCCAGAACGCAGAGAAUCUAAAGAUAAAAAGGAGAAACCUGAAAAAUUCGAAAAGAAGCGGUCUGGCACGUGGGAUGACUCGAGUGAUAUGUUACUUUGUAUUGGAGAACUCGAAGAUAAAGAUCGUAAGGAUUUGAAAAACAACAGUUUGCCUUCGAUUCCUUUUGGUGAGCAAAAAAGAAAUGAAGUCUUCAAAAGGAAAAACAGUAUGCCAAAAAUACAAAUAGAACCAAAACAGCGAACAUCUUUUGGGUUCAAAAAAGUGUAUUCAAUCACUCGACCAGAGUCCGUGCAAAGAAGUGGAACAAUCAGUGUCACAAGUCCAGCGUGUUCAGAGGGAAGAGGAAGCCCGAAACCAUUUGAGGUAAAGUCUCCUCGAAAGAAAGAUUUUACCUUUAAAGCUCUUUUAAAUCGAGGCAAAAAACAAAGGCUAACAACUGAAAUUGAAAUCGAUCAAAUUCUCAAGACAAACUCCAUUGAGAAGAAAGGAGAGAAAUUUUUAGUUAACGCGAAGUAG